AUGGACGAGUACGGUCGCAUGACACAGGACGCAUUCCACUUCGACGCCCUCCAGUCCUCGCUGCCUGUGCCGCUGCCCCGGAAUGGCUUCGUCUACGCCUUUGCGGCACCCACCGUCUCCAACGCCAACAAUGGACGCUCGCCUCCAGUAUCCCCGAGGUCGAGCGAGGAAGCCAGACGUUCUCGGCGAGGCCAGCAGGGCAACGACAGCCCUGAGCGGGAUCGCAAGGACAGGAGCAGCCGCGAGGGCAGUCGUCGCAGCGCCAAGAGCGAGAAGAGCACCGCCAGCAAGGACUUGGUCAAGGCUGCGUCCACUCACGACAAUGCAGCGCGCGAGGAGUGGCUGUUGGGGGCCAGGUUCUCACUGGAGCAUCUUCACGAUCAACUCAGUGCGGCUCACUGGAUGUACAAGAAGGCACAUGACGACUUCGACAACAAGAUCACUCCCGACGUGAGAGAAUUCGUGCAGAAGGGCACACUGGGGGAUAUGUGGGCCGACAUGCUGCGGACGAACGCGCGAAAGGAGGAGGAUGAGAGAAAGGCCGCAGGCAAGCGAGAGAAGGCGCCCAGCUUUAGAAGCGUGAGAGCACAGGUCAAGCAUGGCUUGACGAGUCUAACGAACGCCACUUGCUACGAGAUUCCACCCACGGCCACCUCACAUGAUCAGGAUACAGUCAUCAAGAGUCACAUCAACGGCGUCAUCUACGCUGUCGAGGAAGCUUUGGAGUUCGCUAGAGAUGCCGACGAGGAUCAUGAGGCCUGCAGCAAGGCUAUCGAGAAGUUCAUCUGGGCACGCAAUCUCACCAAAUCCAAUGCACACCUAUGGAGAGACCUCGACCUACCUAUCGUAGCUGGCCCAGGUGAGCCCACCGACGAGUAG